AUGUCUGUGUACUUGGAAACCAAAGUGGACACCACACCUCUCCCCCUCCCCACCCACUUCUCCAAGGCAGAACAGUCCUUCUCCCUCAAGAAACGCCGCCUCCCCUUCUCUUCAUCCUCCACCUCAUCUCUCUCGCCUCCCGUCCCUAUCAUGCACUCACUACCCCCGCGCCCCCCAUCCAAGGGCUGCCCCCCUCUGAGCCGGGUCUUCCCCCAACGUCCCCCGUCCCCCUGGUCUCCCCUCUCCCGCUUCCUCAUCAAAUCCCCCCCCCCGCUGUCGCUGUACGACCCCAGCAGACAGCAGUCCUACUUCAACCAGUGCUUCACCAACCUGGGCCUGCUGGGGAGAGGCUCCUUUGGCGAGGUGUACAAGGUGAGUGGGAACUGUGCAAAACGGAAGCACAGGAAAUGAAAAUAUCAUAGAUUUUUUAUCAUGUCAAUCAACAUCUUUAUUAUGGAGAUCCUAAAUAAUACGAGAACAAGAUCUGAGAGCUCCACUUGACCGAUUCCCAGGUGCUGAGCCUCCAGGACGGGCACCACUACGCUGUCAAGCGCUCAGUCCAGCGCUUUAGGGGCAACGGCGAGCGCAACAGGAGCGUGCGGGAGGCCCAGAACCACGAGCGCCUGUGCCCCCACCCACACAUCCUGGGCUUUGUGGCAGCCUGGGAGGAGGGGGGCCGCCUGUACAUCCAGAUGGAGCUGUGCUGCACCACCCUGCUGCUGCAUGCCGAGGCCCAACCUUCCAGCCCAGGUCAGUCAGUAAAGUUUGGAACGGUGCACUGUGUGACACAUCAUAUGUUGCAUACUACUGUUCUAUGGAUGUGAUUUGUGAAUGGCAGUGAAAUUAAAUGUAGUUCAUGUGAAUUUCUAUCAAUUUGUUUAUAGUUCUUUGGGGUGUGAUGAUUUCUGUUGAUACACUGUCUGACGGCCACUGAUACACAAUACGGCUGUGCUAACAAUACCUGAGGAAUGUAACCCUGUAUGUGUCAAUAAUGACAAAUUUUUCUCCCGUUACUCUACAGAUGAGCCUGCAGCGUGGACUUACCUGUGUGACCUCCUCUCGGCCCUGCACCACCUUCAUGCCCGUGGCUUCACCCACCUGGACCUCAAGCCAGCCAAUGUGUUCCUGACGCGCUCUGGCCGCCUCAAACUAGGCGACUUUGGGCUGGCACUGGAGCUCCGAGGGGAGGGGGUCGCCGCUGGCCUGGCAGAGGGGAAGGGGAGGGAGAAAGAGGAUGUCCAGGAGGGAGAUCCCCGAUACAUGGCCCCAGAGCUGUUGAGGGGCGAGUAUGGCCCUGCUGCUGAUGUUUUCAGGUGAUGAUGCCGGUGCUCCGUAUACUCCCUAAUAAUGGAGGAAGUGAUUCCCCUUUACGAUGUAAAGUGCAUUGAGUACCUGGUGGAAAAAAAGCACUAUAUCUAAGCAAUUAGUAAUAAUGAGCCUUUCCUGUCUCUCUCAGUCUUGGCGUGUCCAUCUUGGAGCUGGCGUGCAAUAUGGAGGUGCCAAAAGGGGGAGAGGGAUGGCAGCAGCUCAGACAAGGCCAUCUACCCGCAGAGUUUACCAAUGGUAAUGGCAGCUUUUACACAUCUGGGGCCGUAUCCACAAAGCAUCUCAGAAAAGGUCCUAGGAAUCCUGUUAACCUGUUUUAAGACAAAAUAACUCCCAGCUCAGGGUAGGUUUUAGGAUGAUGUUAAGGCACUGCUCACACAAACUCAGAGCCAGGAGUAAAACUCCUCAUAAAAGUUUCUCAGGUGGUAAUCACAACAGUUUGAGGUACUGCAAAGGAAAGAUGGUGAUGGCCCGUGUAGCUUAGUUGGUAGAGCAUGGCGUUUGCAACGCCAGGGUUGUGGGUUCGAUUCCCACGGGGGGCCAGUAUGAAAAAAUGUAUGCACUCACUAACUGUAAGUCGCUCUGGAUAAGAGCGUCUGCUAAAUUACUAAAAUGUAAAUGACGCUCAUUGGCAUUCUUACAAAUUAUGGGAAAUGCCCAAUUGCGGUAAGGCAUCGCCAGCUGUGAACACGCUUCAGACAACCACGGUGAAUGUGACUGUACAUUAAAUGUUGCAAUGGUAAAACGCUUAUAUAAUUUUUGCCUGACACGAUCUCUUUGCCUAGUGAAAUAGGCCUAGUGAAAUCAUUGUCAAAAGCGCAAGAGAUGCAUGUAGGUUUAGAUCAUUUAUGGAUUGAUCAUAUCCUAGAAAUAUCAAAUUCUUUCAACAAAUCCAAAACAAUUGCAUGUGACACAGGAACCACUGACUCACUGCCGUUGUCUAUUAUCAAGACACCUGCUGGUAACUUAACUGGUUAGGACAGCUCACGAGGUCUCCUAAAUAUCUGUCGACUAGGUGGAACUCUUAUGACUAAAUAGGCUUCAUGCAUAUACUUUAUUUAUUUUACCCAUUAGGGUAGGGUAAAAUGUCUCUUCUUAGCACUUGCAACCAAUUUUCUACUCUGAAACGCUUUGUGGCUGCGGCCCCAGGUCUUAAGAAAAUAUAUACGAUACACAUGUUGGAUAGACUUUCAAUUUUAUACAAGAUUUACCCGUUUGAUUUGUACUCCUCCUUUUUAGCAGUGAAAUUAACCUGCACACUGUCAUGUCCUCCCAUGUGUUUGCCUAAUAUAGAAAAGCAAUCGGGAGCAUCAGUGUAAGGGAAUCAUUUUGAUCAUAUGGUUUGCACCUGGCAAGUUUGUCUCGAGUGGUAUGCCUAAUGCCUUUUUAGGGUAAUCUUUUUAUCUUAAUUUUCUGUUUCCCAUUAUUGUCUGUGUACUUCCAGCCCUGUCAGUGGAGCUGCAGACGGUGCUGCGGAUGAUGCUGGCCCCAGAGGUGUCUGUGAGGGCCACCGUGCCCGAGCUCCUCAACCUGCCAGUGGUCAGGAGACACAGGUGGAGGCGCCACGUCUCCCUCCUCCUCCGCGAAACCCUGCUCACACUAGUCACCUUCUGCCAGGUUGGUAAACCCAGCCGCUGUAUCUUUCCGCCUCCCUCUAAACUGGCGGUUUGACUGUAAUAAUGAUAAUACUUCUCAUCUAUAAAGCAUUUUGUUCAAACUCAACUGCUGAUCAGCAUAAGAAAAUAUAUUUUAAAGUACAGUACCUUACAAAAGGAUUCAUCCCCCUUGGCGUUUUUCCUAUUUUGUUGCAUUACAACCUGGAAUUUAAAUGGAUUUUUAUUUGGAUUUCAUGUAAUGGACAUACACAAAAUAGUCCAAAUUGGUGAAGUGAAAUGAAAAAAAAAAAAUGUUACAAAAAAUUCUAAAAAAUAAAUAACGGAAAGGUGGUGCAUGCAUAUGUAUUCACCCCCUUUGCUAUGAAGCCCCUAAAUAAGAUCUGGUGCAACCAAUUACCUUCAGAAGUCACAUCAUUAGUUAAAUAAAGUCCACCUGUGUGCAAUCGCUAAGUGUCACAUGACCUCAGUAUAUACAGUGAGGGAAAAAAGUAUUUGUUCCCCUGCUGAUUUUGUACGUUUGCCCACUGACAAAGAAAAUAUCAGUCUAUCAUUUUAAUGGUAGGUUUAUUUGAACAGUGAGAGACAGAAUAACAACAACAAAAAUCCAGAAAAACGCAUGUCAAAAAUUUUAUAAAUUGAUUUGCAUUUUGAUGAGGGAAAUAAGUAUUUGACCCCUCUGCAAAACGUUACUUAAUACUUGGUGGCAAAACCCUUGUUGGCAAUCACAAAGGUCAGACGUUUCUUGUAGUUGGCCACCAGGUUUGCACACAUCUCAGGAGGGAUUUUGUUCCACUCCUCUUUGCAGAUCUUCUCCAACUCAUUAAGGUUUGGAGGCUGACGUUUGGCAACUCGAACCUUCAGCUCCCUCCACAGAUAUUCUAUGGGAUUAAGGUCUGGAGACUGGCUAGGCCACUCCAGGACCUUAAUGUUCCUCUUCUUGAGCCACUCCUUUGUUGCCUUGGCCAUGUGUUUUGGGUCAUUGUCAUGCUGGAAUACCCAUCCACGACCCAUUUUCAAUGCCCUGGCUGAGGGAAGGAGGUUCUCACCCAAAAUUUGACGGUACAUGGCCCCGUCCAUCGUCCCUUUGAUGCGGUGAAGUUGUCCUGUCCCCUUAGCAGAAAAACACCCCCAAAGCAUAAUGUUUCCACCUCCAUGUUUGACGGUGGGGAUGGUGUUCUUGGGGUCAUAGGCAGCAUUCCUCCUCCUCCAAACACGGCGAGUUGAGUUGAUGCCAAAUAGCUCCAUUUUGGUCUCAUCUGACCACAACACUUUCACCCAGUUCUCCUUUGAAUCAUUCAGAUGUUCAUUGGCAAACUUCAGACGGGCAUGUAUAUGUGCUUUCUUGAGCAGGGGGACCUUGCGGGCGCUGCAGGAUUUCAGUCCUUCACGGCGUAGUGUGUUACCAAUUGUUUUCUUGGUGACUAUGGUCCCAGCUGCCUUGAGAUCAUUGACAAGAUCCUCCCGUGUAGUUCUGGGCUGAUUCCUCACCGUUCUCAUGAUCAUUGCAACUACACGAGGUGAGAUCUUGCAUGGAGCCCCAGGCCUAGGGAGAUUGACAGUUCUUUUGUGUUUCUUCCAUUUGCGAAUAAUCGCACCAACUGUUGUUACCUUCUCACCAAGCUGCUUGGCUAUGGUCUUGUAGCCCAUUCCAGCCUUGUGUAGGUCUACAAUCUUGUCCCUGACAUCCUUGGAGAGCUCUGGUCUUGGCCAUGGUGGAGAGUUUGGAAUCUGAUUGAUUGCUUCUGUGGACAGGUGUAUUUUAUACAGGUAACAAGCUGAGAUUAGGAGCACUCCCUUUAAGAGUGUGCUCCUAAUCUCAGCUCGUUACCUGUAUAAAAGACAUCUGGGAGUCAGAAAUCUUUCAGAUUGAGAGGGGGUGAAAUACGUAUUUCCCUCAUUAAAAUGCAAAUCAAUUUAUAACAUUUUUGACAUGUGUUUUUCUGGAUUUUUUUGUUGUUAUUCUGUCUCUCUCACUGUUCAAAUAAACCUACCAUUAAAAUUAUAGACUGAUCAUUUCUUUGUCAGUGGGCAAACGUACAAAAUCAGCAGGGGAUCAAAUACUUUUUUCCCUCACUGUGUGUGUAUAUAUAUAUAUAUAUAUAUAUAUAUAUAUAUACCUGUUCUGAAAGGCCCCAGAGUCUGCAACACCACUGAGCAAGGGGCACCACCAAGCAAGCGGCACCAUGAAGACCAAGGAGCUCUCCAAACAGGUCAGGGACAAAGUUGUGGAGAAGUACAGAUCAGGGUUGGGUUAUAAAAAAAUAUCAGAAACUUUGAACAUCCCACUGAGCACCAUUUUUAAAUCCAUUAUUUAAAAAAAAAAUUGAAAGAAUAUGGCACCACAACAAACCUGCCAAGAGAGGGCCGCCCACCAAAACUCAUGGACCAGGCAAGGAGGGCAUUAAUCAGAGAGGAAACAAAGAGACCAAAGAUAACUCUGAAGGAGCUGCAAAGCUCCACAGCGGAGAUUGGAGUAUCUGUCCAUAGGACCACUUUAAGCCGUACACUCCACAGAGCUGGGCUUUACGGAAGAGUGGCCAGAAAAAAGCCAUUGCUUAAAGAAAAAAAUAAGCAAACACGUUUGGUCUUCGCCAAAAGCCAUGUGGGAGACUCCCCAAACAUAUGGAUAUUUUUUAUUUAUUUAACCAGGUAAGCCAGUUGAGAACAAGUUCUCAUUUACAACUGCGACCUGGGCAAGAUAAAGCAAAGCAGUGCGAUAAAAACAAGAAGAAUGUACUCUGGUCAGAUGAGACUAAAAUUGAGCUUUUUGGCCAUCAAGGAAAACGCUAUGUCUGGCGCAAACCCAACACCUCUCAUCACCCUGAUAAUACCAUGGCAGCAUCAUGCUGUGGGGAUGUUUUUCAUCGGCAGGGACUGGGAAACUGGUUAGAAUUGAAGGAAUGAUGGAUGGCGCUAAAUACAGGGAAAUUCUUGAGGGAAACCUGUUUCAGUCUUCCAGAGAUUUGAGACUGGGACGGAGGUUCACCUUACAGCAGGACAAUGACCCUAAGCAUACUGCUAAAGCAACACUCGAUUGGUUUAAGGGGAAACAUUUAAAUGUCUUGGAAUGGCCUAGUCAAAGCCCAGACCUCAAUCCAAUUGAGAAUAUGUGGAAUGACUUAAAGAUUGCUGUACACCAGCAGAACCCAUCCAACUUGAAGGAGCUGGAGCAGUUUUGCCUUGAAGAAUAUCCCAGUGGCUAGAUGUGCCAAGCUUAUAGAGACAUACCCCAAGAGACUUGCAGCUGUAAUUGCUGCAAAAGGUGGCUCUACAAAGUAUUGACUUUGGGGGGGGUGAAUAGUUAUGCUUGCUCAAGUUUUCUGUUUUUUUGGCUUAUUUGUUGUUUGUUUCACACAAAAAUAUGUUGCAUCUUCAAAGUGGUAGGCAUGUUGUGUAAAUCAAAUGAUUACAAAAAAUCUAUUUUAAUUCCAACAAAGGCAACAAAACAGGAAAAAUGCCAAGGGGGGUGAAUACUUUCGCAAGCCAGUGUAGCUACGAUACAAAUGUUUGAUAGACUGUCAAUGUUGUUCAAGAUGUACUCGUUUGAUUUGUACUUCAAAUAAACUUGUGAAUAUUCUACCUUUUCUCUUUUAGUCUAUUUUAUACUCUGGUUGGGGGCUCUUCUCCGCUCUCAACCUCCCGUUCCUUCCACGCUGGAUGCCCCCUUCCCCGUGCACCCCUCCAAAGGAGAGCUCAGAGAAGGAGUUCAUGAUGCCCCCCAGUGCCAUGAUGCACACUGACUCAGGCAGCCUAGAGGACGGGGUGUUUCUGCCCGACGCCCUGGGCCCGGAGCACUCCCCCACCUUCUCUCACAGGUAAAUUACAUAAACUCUGAACUGACACGAGACCAAAUAACAUCCAAAUGAGAGUGAGCAUUUGAGAUAUUGAUUGGGUGGGAGGGAGGGAGUUCUCCAUUUAAUGCAACAUCAUUCUUUUUUUUCUCUGCAUAUUCAUAUACACUGAGUGUACGAAACAGCUGCUGUUUCCAUGAGAUUGACCAGGUGAAAGCUAUGAUCCCUUAUUGUUACCUUUUUAAAUACACUUCAAUCAGUGUAGAUGAAGGGGAGGAGACCUGUUAAAGAAGGAUUUUUGAGACAUGGAUUGUGUAUGUGUGCCAUUCAGAGGGUGAAUGGGCAAUACUAAAGAUUUAAGUGCCUUUGAACGGGGUAUGGUAGUAAAUGCAAGGGGCACCAGUUUGAGUGUGUCAAGAACUGCAACGCUGCUGGGUCCAGCCGACGACCUUACAGAGUUCCACUACUUUCAGCAAAAAACAAACUGUGAUUGCAGUGGGCUAACGAACAAAAACAGUAGACACUGGAGAAUUGGAAAAACAUUGCCUGGUCGGAAUCCGGGUUCCUGCUGAUGGGAGGACUAGGGUAUGGAGAAAACCACUUGAGUAAAUGCGUAUCAACAUUGCAGGCUGGUGGUGUGGGGUGUUUUCAUGGCACACAUUGGGCCGCUUGAUAAAAGUGGAGCAACGUUUGAAUGCCACAGGAUAUCUGAACAUCAUUGCCAAUCAGGUGAAUCCCUUCAUGGCAGCAGUGUAUCCAUCUGCAAAUUGAUUUUUUUCAGCGGGAUAAUGCCCCACGCCACAAGGCUAGGAUUGUCCAGGAAUGGUUCCAUGAACAUGACAGUGAAUUCAGCUUACUGCAGUGGCCUGCCCAGACACCAGAUCUCAAUCCAAUUGAGCAUCUGUGGGAUGAGAUGGAACGAGCUAUUCAGGGUAGAGAGCCACUACCAGCCAACUUGACACAACUGUGGGAAGCAUUGGAUUCAACAUUGGCCAGCAUCCGUGAGGAAUGCUUUCGACACCUUGUAGAGUCCAUGCCUGACGAAGUGAGGCUGUUCUGAGGGCAAAAGGGGGUGCAACUCAAUAUUAGGAAGGUGUUCCUAAUGUUUUUUACACUCUGAGUACUUUACUGCCAAUGGAUAAUAUAUAUAUUUAUAAACUGGGUGGUUCGAGCCCUGAAUGCUGAUUUGACUGACAGCCGUGGUAUUUCAGACCAUAUACCACGGGUAUGACAACUAAUUUUUUUACGUUGGUAACCAGUUUAUAAUAGCAAGGCACCUCAGGGGUUUGUGGUAUAUGGCCAAUAUACCACACCCCCUUGGGCCUUAUUGCUUAAAUAAAACAUUAUGUUGACACUAGCAUAUACAAGCACGCUGAUAUCCUUGACAUUGAGAUACCGAGUCAGGUCUGCCUCUGUGUGCCAAUGUCACCGAGUUAAACAUGCAAAGCUAAUGGCAUCUGCUUGCUGCACAUUUCUACUAGCAAUUUGGCCCACUCUUCAGCAGCAAACUGCUCUAAUUCUUCAAUGUUUGAGGGGUGCCCUCCACCGACUGCUGUUUUCAGCUUUCGCCAUAGAUUAUGGAUCUGAUUUCGAUCUAGACUCUUCGCUGACGACUCCAGAAUAGUUAAGCUUUUCUUCUUGAACCAUUCCAGGGUGCUUUUGAUGUGUUUGUGGUUGUUUUUGGACACUGGGUUGAACAUUGCACUCUAAAACACCUUGAUAAUCUGCUGAUUUUCAUGAUGUCUUGCACAUGUUCAAGGCCUCCAGUACCAAAGGCAGCAAAGCAAAUCCACAGCAUUAUCGAAUCUCCCCCAUGUUUGAUUGUAGGGUGGGUGUUAUUUUCUUUGAAUGCUUCAUUUGGUCGUUGGUAAACAUAGAAAGAACCCACUGCUGAAGGAGACACAAAAAGGCCUGAUUUAAACGUCUCAAAAACCUAGCUAAACAAGCCUAAAUCCUGGGGAAAUGUUCUUUGGACCAAUUAAACAAAAUUAGAGCACCUGUCGACACCUGAAAACAGCAGUUGGUGGAAGGCACCCCUCAAACGUUGAAGAAUUAGAGCAGUUUGCUGCUGAAGCAUGGGCCAAAUUGCCAGUAGAAAGGUGCAGCAAGCUUAUUGAUAACUGCCAAAAAACACUUAUUGAAGCUAUCUUGACUAAAGGUUUUGCAACAGUUUCUUUUCAGUUUCAACUUAUUUGAGAAGAAAUCAGGAAUUACUUAAGAAAAGUGCAAGGGUGCCAAUAUAUUUGUUGCAACUGUACCUGUUAAACUAAAAGAGUCAACAAUAAUGUAUAAAAAUGCAAUGUUAGCACUGCUGCUGUAAAAGUAUAGUGAGAUCAAUCUUUUGUCCAUCCUUUCAGCCACAGUUACUCAAUAGAAAAAGGCUUAACUUAUAUUACACCUAUUAUUUCUCACUGACAUUCACACUCUAAAUUUCUCUCAUUCAACAGAAUCAAAUCCCGGCUAUCCAUGGGAAGCACCUCCACCCCUCUCCCGAACUCCCCUCCAGUAUUCUGUCAACUGAGUCCUGCCCACACCCCUACACACACUAGUGACAUCCACACACCCUCACGUAGCCUCAACCUCACACACACACCCUCCAGCAUCCACUCAGACAGAUCCCGCCACACACUGACAGCAAUCACAGGGUCCCCCAAAGACACAGGCUCUCACAGACUCAGCCUGAUAGACCGGUCCAUGGACGCACACAGUCAGCACAACACAUCCACACACUCCUCCCAAUGGCCCGUCCGGAACUGGGUCCGCUCAGAGCCCCUCCCUCGACCCAGCUUUGAACCAAAGAACCUGCUCAGCCUGUUCGACGAGACGACUUCUACGUUGGAAGGCAACCCUGAGAACGAGACUGUAAAUUGUGUAGAACGACAAAGUACUAACUCCGGCUUUACAUUGUAAUAGAUGGAGAACCACUGGAAUGAAUUGCCAUGUGUAUUAUAUAGUUCUCAGUUUCUGUGUUUUCAAAUGCCUGUUUCGAACAUUUGAUUGUUUUGCUUGAAAUUUGUCAAUUUUUUAGCAACGUUUUAUAAGAUAGGUUAACAAGUUCUUACUUGAAUUUGUAAUCGCUUACGUUAAAGGAAUGUGUCAAGUGAUUAUAUACAGUAUUCCAUUAACUUUUCAUGUCUUUUUAUAUUCACAAUCAGCUAUUUUGGUGAUGUCAAGAAAAUAAUGUUUGUUUAAAGCUCAUGUUUACUGCUAUAAUCCAUGACUCAAAGCCAAUUAAAGGGAAUGUUGGAAGCUUAUGCUGUCUAUUCAUACUCAAUUGAUUACAUGUGACCCAUAGAUGGGAAAAAAUUUAUAAUCCCAAAGAUUUACUGAAAGUAAUAGAAUAAUUGCAAGUCA